CUCACUUGUGCGGGUCGUGUCAGUGACGACUCUACCGGUGCGGUGGUGAGGUGAGGUGCGCGCCGCGUCUCGCAGCUCGGGAUUACAUUUUCACGGUUUCAGACUGUGACAGAGUGAAUAGUUCAUGAGUGGUAGAGGUGAAACGUGGUGAGGGAGAACCCAACCGCGUUCAUCACCCUUCCACACAGCAGCAUGCCAGCCACCAUGAUGAACCUGUACGAGAACGUGUGUCUAAGGUGCGGCCAAACAGUUUACCAGGUGGACAGGAUCGGCCCCCUCAAGGACUUCACCUUCUUCCACACGGGAUGCUUUAAGUGCUUCACCUGCAACUCCAAGCUUACCCUCAAGACCUACUGCAAUAACCAGGAUUCUCAGGAAGACAAGGAGGUGUACUGCUCGUCGCACGUCCCCAAGCCAGGCCCCGGACACCUUGAUGGCGACGCAGUGGGCAUCAGGUCGGCACUCAAUGUACCCCGCUCGGCACAAUUCGUCAAUGACCAAAUUAGACCGGGUGGCCGACCCUCUAUCGAUGGGGAUGCGAUGGGUCUCAAAUCAAGGGGGAACGGGAGCGGAACGGGCUCUGAGAACGGCCACAACUCCUCCUUCGGAGAAUACAAGUAUGGCCGGUUUGACAGCUCGGCUUUGCACAUCGCGCACGCCCUCAACGCCACCAAGAUACAACGUGUCUACGAUAAACCCAUCGAUCACUACCUGGAUGUGGCGUUGCAGAAGCAAAUGGAGAUGCAACACCGCUUGGAGGAGGACGACCUUUAUAAGAAGUUCGCCAAGCAAAGGGCUGCGGAAGAGGCCAAAAUGGACGACUACAUCAAAGAAGAGUGGGAGUCUGAAUUGGAGAAGCUGACUGCACAGUUUGAGAGAGACCUAGCCACCAAGCGUAGGUCAAGGGAGGAUUCCAAGGUCCUGACGGUGAAGCAUCAGCGCGAGAGAGAGGAGCUUGAGAAGAACAUGACCAUCAAGAGAGACAUGAAGAAGGAGAACCUAACCCGUAAGAUGCUGGAGCACGAAAGGGCGGCUACAGCAGCACUGGUGGACAAACACAGCAAGGAGAUGAUGCGCCUCAUACAGGAGAAGAGAUCCGAAUACAUGGAGGAAGAAGAGGUGAUAGACCACUACCCAGCUCAACCUCCACCACCAAUGCCGCCGCCACAGACCAAGACCGACAUCUACAUGGACCCAGACGAGUUUGCUGAGGUGGACCAGCUGGCUAUUCAGGUUGCCCAAGAAGACCAGAAGACCUUCACAGAUCUAGUAAGGAUGCUGGUGGGUCAUUGUGCUUCUGAUGUUGAAAAGGUGAGAACCAUAUUCCGCUGGAUCACCGUCAAGAACCUCAAUUCCAUCACCUUUGAUGAUUCUGCCCACGGUGACACCCCUAUGGGACUCCUGCGAGGUAUCAAGUAUGGCACUGAGUCAUAUCAUGUGCUCUUCAAGCGGUUGUGCAGCUAUGCGGGACUCCACUGUGUUGUCAUCAAGGGCUACAGCAAGUCUGCCGGGUACCAACCAGGCGUCAGAUUUGAGGACAACAGGUUCCGCAACUCAUGGAAUGCUGUGUAUGUGGCAGGAGCAUGGCGCUUCGUUCAGUGCAAUUGGGGUGCUCGCCACCUGGUUAAUGCCAAGGAGGUGCCCAAGCCAGGAGGAAAGAGCAAGAGUGAUAGUCUGAGGGACUCAGGCCGUGCAGGAAGCAGGAGCAAUAACCUAAGGUAUGAAUACGAUGAUCACUACUUCCUCACUGACCCCAAAGAGUUCAUCUAUGAGUUCUUCCCACUGCAGUCUGAGUGGCAGUUGCUCAAAGCACCCAUCAGUCUGCAUGAGUUUGAAGAGUUACCUUUUGUACGGUCUCUUUUCUUUCGUUAUGGUCUCUACUUCCCUGAUGAGCACACCAAAGCAGUCAUGUAUACUGACUCCACAGGUGCUGCUACCAUCAGGAUUGGGAUGCCUAGCCACAUGCAAUCUUCCCUCAUCUUCCACUACAAUCUCAAACUCUAUGAUUCUGACAAGGACCAAUAUGACUCUGUCUCCCUCAAACGAUUUGUUAUGCAGUCUGUUGUGGGCCAGCUGGUGGCUUUCCGGGUGCACGCACCAUGUUCUGGAGCUCUCCUGCUCGACAUUUUUGCCAAUGCUGUCACUCCAAGGGAAUACCUUACUGGGGAACCCAUGAAAUUCAAGAGUGUAUGUAAAUUUAAGAUAGUUUGUGAGGACCUGCAGACAGUGAUGGUGCCACUGCCUGAUUGUGCCUCAGGAGAGUGGGGUCCUGCCAAGGCUACCAGGCUUUUUGGGCUGGAACCUGUCACUCACCAUGAUGCUUUGGUAUUUGCUGGUCGAGACCUGGAACUGCAAUUCCGCAUGACACGGCCACUCACAGACUUUAUGGCAACAUUGCACAAGAAUGGAUCAGAGGAGAAGCGGCUCAGCAAGUAUGUGAGUCAUCGUGUGCACGAUGACUUAGUGACCUUCACACUUAGCUUCCCUGAGGAAGGUCAGUAUGGCAUGGACAUUUACACACGUGAGGUGGCCAGUAUGGACACCACCAACCCAACCGAGAAACACCUCCUGACGCAUUGUUGCAAGUACCUCAUCAAUUCCUCCAAACGAAACUAGUGCCUCCCCACUCUAACCUGCCUCUUCUUCCUGUCAGCUGGUCCAUCCCACAUUGGGCCACAGCAGGCAUGUGAUGUCCCUGAAGGUGCCUUACUACUCUCUUAAAUGUGUCUCAAACUUUAUUUUUGAAUCAUUUAAAUACUUUAAAGAUUGUAUUGACUAGAUACUAAGUUUAUAGAAAUAUAUAUGUUGUAAAUAUGCUACUACAGAAAUGAUAACAUUAUAUAAAUAAGAAUGUUAUUAGUUACCAUGUCAUGGAAACAGAAAAAUGUACGCUUCUAUGUGCUCCAAGAUGACACUCCACUUUUAUAAAUACAGUAGCUUUAUAUCUGACACUUGUUAUAUGGUUUUGAUAUUUUGACAUAAUUCCUUUAUGAGCUCAGCUCAUUAUUCAGUGGGGGCAGAGAUUCUGACUUGUCUGUACACACACACACACCACACACACACACACACACACACACACACACACACACACACACACACACACACACACACACACACACACACACACACACACACACACACA